UUAUUGAAACAUGUCUGUACACAACUAGCUUCGUGUAGAUCUUUCCACAACAACAUCCCAAGUCAUGCCUUUAAUAGUUAUGUGUGGUUAUCCAUGCAGUGGUAAAACUCGGAGGGCAGAGGAAUUAAAAGUGCAUUUCGAACAAAACACCGACAGAAAGGUUCACGUUGUUGGAGACUCGCCACUGUCCGCUGAGAAGAACGUCGUGUAUGCAGAUUCCCAAAAGGAAAAACAGGUCAGAGCUGCACUGAAAGCUGAAGUUGAAAGGAAUGUCAAUAAGGAUGACAUUGUUAUAUUGGAUUCGUUAAACUACAUUAAAGGCUACCGCUAUGAGCUUUUCUGUCUCAUAAAACAUGCACAGACACCACACUGCCUGGUAUAUUGUUUGACAUCAGGUGAUGUGAGCUCAGAGUGGAACACCAGCAGAGAUCCAGAGGAGCAGUACACACAGGAAAUCUUGGAUGCAUUAGUUCUGCGGUUCGAAGCACCAGACUCCAGAAACCGGUGGGACAGUCCACUUUUCAACAUCCUCCAAGAUGAUACACUUCCAUUUGAAGCCAUCACUGACGCGCUCUUCAAAAGAAAAGCACCGCCACCCAACCAGUCCACUCAAAGUCAACCACUCUCAUCUGCAAACUUCUUGUACGAGUUAGACAAGAUCACACAGGAUGUGUUAAUGGCCAUUUUUAAUGCACAGAAGACAAGUAUUCCUGGAGAUCGCAUUUCAGUUCCAGGAGCAACCGAGAAAAUCGAGCUGAGCAGGAGCGUCAACAUGGCCGAGCUGCGCAAAUUCCGGCGCCAGUUCAUCAGCUACAGCAAGAUGCACCCGACGGAGAACACGGGUCAGAUUUCCAACAUGUUUGUACAGUAUGUUAAUAAAAGUCUUCAUUGAUGAAUGUUUGCCACCAAUUAAAAUAUAAGUACUUUUAAA